GGGUCUGCCAUCCCUCUCCGUCCCUCUCCAGACGUCCACUCCUUCACCCGCUGCUCGCCGCUUAGCUAUGACUUCCACUAGUAAUGUCCCGUUUCACAAGCUUGACGACACCGACCCCAGUAUCGUGUACACCGGAGAAUGGUUCGAUAAUCCUGGGAUCUCUAGUGUGUUCAACAACUCGCUCUCGUCCACCGUCCACGAAGGAGAUACAGCGCAUAUCGAGUUCAUUGCAUCCCAAAUCGUGAUCAUUGGCGCGACCGUUGCCCCUAGCGGCGCGAGCUCAGACUCCGGCCCAAUAUCCGGGUACACCUUGGACGGAGCCACGAACAGUGUCUUCUUAUUCCAGGGCAACGCGGCCAAUGCUACUGGUGUCACAUUCUACAACUCCGGGCCCCUCUCCAAUAGCAAACACACGCUCGACAUCUCCAUCGUCCAAAUCAACGACAAUAUCCCGUACCUGCUCGAUGCUGUCUUUCUCCAGGAAGAAGUGGUAACUCAGAGUGCCACGGCGAGCAACACAGGCAUCUGGAUCUCCACCGUGUUCGUCACCCCCACCGCCGCCGCGACGAGUCUGGCCAGCAACGGUACCGCUAGCAGCAGUGCCUCGACCAGUUCUGCCCCCGUAGGAGCCAUCGUGGGCGGCGUCGUGGGCGGCGUCGCGUUGCUGGUGGCCGCCGGCCUGGCAUUCUACUUCCUGUACUUCCGCCACCGGCACCGCAGUUCGUACGCCUACCGCAGCUUUGGCGACGCACCCCCGCUGUUCGCUGCAGAAAAGGAUGACUUCAGCGGGAAGCCCUCAGAGGCGCAAGCGUCCCACCAGCAGCCAUUCCUCGCCAGCGCGCCGACUUCCGGUUAUGCAGACACCUCGCCGUACGUGCCUCGGCAAGCCCCCGCUUCCGAAGUGCUAUCGGCCCCCACAACGCCACAUGCCUACCCCCCAGCCCCUGCGAGUGCAAGCGGCAGCGGUGCGGGUUCCUCCACCGGACGCACACUUUCUGUCGUGAACAACGACGCGGCCGCAGGGGCGGCAGCGUUCCUCACGCCCGCACAGCGCAAGGCGGAGGAGGCCCGGCGAGCGAAAGCGGAGGCGGACGCCGUGCAGUACCACGCUGACUCUGGUGUCCGGUUCGACACCGAGGGGCGGCCAAUCGAGGCGUCCGCGAGCACGAGCGAGGUGCAUCCACUGGCGGACGUACCCCCAGAGUACACGCCAUCAUGAUUCCUCGGCCUCGGCGAAGGGCGGCGGGUGUGAGGUGUGCGGUGGUGUUCUCGCUUUCGCUCUGUGUCGCUCUGUGGAUUUGACAUACUGGUAGUUCCUGGGAUCGUCUAUGACCUUCGCCGUGUAGUGCGUACAUACUUUACUUUAUCCCAGGCGCGUGUUCGCUGGACUUUGCAUAUUUGGACUACUAUCGCACAUCUAGGAUAUUACACCGCUUUGCUG